AUGAAGAUACAAGACCUGGCUGGCCACGAUUUGCUAGCAAUCUUUUCCUCUGAGUCCCGAUUCUAUAUGGGCUCGUCAGGCGACUUGGGCAUGACGAAACCGAAUCUGGCUCAGAUUUCGCCCCAUUACUGUAAAUUAUUGCGCUAUCUUAUCGGGACGGCGUCGAUGCUUUCGCGUGGCCGGCGUUCCACUGUAGAGCUAACACGAGUGCGAAGCCAAUUGACGUGGAAAUAUUAUGGAGACGGUGCCAAGCCCAUUCUUCCCAACAGAGGGGCAUUAUGGCUGCUCGAAGCUGGCAUGCUUCUCUUCUUCAUGUCGAAUGGAUGCAAGCUCGGUGAGCAGCUCGAAUGUCCUUUCACAGUCAUUUUACAUAAAAGAGCUGUAUUUACCCUAUUUCGUUUGAGAUGCUGUUAUGAGUAG